AGUGACAUUCACAAUUCAGGAACUAGCUUCAGUGAAUUACCUACAGCUCUCUGUCUGGCACCAUGUCCUACAACUUCUCCACAAGGAACUGCUCUUCCAGGCCGAUUGGAGGACGCUGCACUGUCCCAGUGGCCGAAGUUGCCAUACCUUCUACCCAGGCUGACUGUCUGAGUGGCAUCUCCUUGCCCAGUUCUUUCCAAACCGGAUCCUGGCUCCUGAACCACUGUCAGGAGACCUGCUGUGAGCCCACUGUUUGCCAGCCAACCUGUUACCAGCAAACUUCUUGCGUCUCUAGACCUGGCCAGGUGACCUGCUCUCGGCAAACGACCUGUGUCUCCAAUCCCUGCUCCACUACCUGCAGCCGGCCACUUACCUUCAUCUCUAGGGGCUGUCAGCCCCAGGUUAGCAUCUCUACUGUGUGUCAACCAGUAGGAGGAAUCUCUACUGUCUGCCAACCAGCCUGUGGGGUCUCCAGGACGUACCAGCAGUCCUGCGUGUCCAGCUGCCGAAGAAUUUGCUAAGUGUGUAGGAACCAGUGAGCGAACCAAGACUCCAUGACCUGCCAGCUAUGUUUCCAGGAUCUUCCAACAUGCUGCCUGUCCCUGAAGAACUCUUCAUCACCGACCCCUGUUCUGACUGCCUGAUUGCUGGCUGCUAGCCCUGAAUAAGCUACCUUUGGCAAUCUAAGAUUUUUCUGGCCAGCACCAAUCAUGUAUGCCUCUGGAUAUUUCCAGAAUCUUUACCACCAACGCCCCAGUCUCUGAUGGUUUUGGCAUGUUUUGGCUUUGCUGCUUUGUCUCCUGGCUUCUGCUUUUGUGCCUUUGGAAAAGGGAACUUGUCUCGCUCUGUAUUUCUCAAUAAACCUGCAUGACAUGGCAUUGCAAA